AUGACAAAACCAAAGGUUUUAUUCAUCGGCGACUUGAACAAAGACUUGCCUGAAUACGCCCAGUUUAUCAAGAAGGUUGAGCCGGUUUUCUACGAGUUGCCUGACUCCAAAGAGCAGGUGAUCCAGGAUUUCAGAACCAAGUUCAAUGAUAUCCAGGCGAUAUACGGCGCCUGGUUGGGUUUUGUGCUCCUUGGAGGAUUCACUGGAGAGAUUCUCGAGGCAGCUCCAAAGUCCUUGCGUGUUGUUUCCAUCUGCUCUGUGGGCUUCGAGCCUUACAAUGGCGCCAGAAUGGCUGAGAAGGGCAUCAUCUUGACCAACGUUCCUUCCGACGGUGCUUCCAAGCCUGUGGCUGAACUCGUCUUGUACAACGCCUUGUGUGCCUUUAGAAACUUUCCUGCUUUCACCACUACCUUCACUGCAGACAUCAACCACACCGUGCAGAUGAGAAAGCUUCUUGAUUCCAACAAAUUCGACUCUGAAAAGGGGAGAUGCCACCUUGAUGCCGUCCACGGCUACUCCUUUGGCCACUACGCAGGCGGAAGACCAUGCUUGAGUCCUAAUGGCCACAACGUCGUCAUUGUGGGUUUUGGAAACAUUGGUCAGACAAUUGCAAGCUACUUGCUGAACGUGGGAAUGAACAUUCACUACGUCAAACGUUCUCCAUUGUCCAAGGAGCAGGAAGCCAGCUUGGGUUUCCCUGUUCACUACCACAAGACUCUCGUGGACGCCAGAGAGGCCGCCGACCUUGUGGUCAUUGCCUGUCCUGGAACUCCUGAAACAUACCACAUGGUAAACUCUGAGGUCAUUGACGCUAUGACCAAGCCUUUCAGAAUCAUCAACAUUGGUAGAGGUCCUGUAAUUGAUGAGCAGGCUUUAGUCGACGGCCUCAAACUGGGCAAGGUCUUGUUCGCUGGACUUGACGUCUUUGAGGGCGAGCCACAGGUGCACCCCGACCUUUACAACCGUCAAGAUGUUGUCUUGACGCCUCACAUCGGUGCCUCUACCAAGGAAAACUACGACUACACUGCUGUGAUGGCCAUGAAGAACAUUGAAAACGUGUUGCUUGAAGCCUUGUAUGACUACCCAGCGCAGGCCGAGGAAGAGCUCACUAUCCAGCAAGAUGAUUUGCUAUAUUUGCUUGAAAAACUGGACAUAGAUGAUUGGUGGAAAGCCAAGAAGAGAGUGCUCCCUGUGGGCGACGAGGAGGUGGAAGAACCCGUUGGUCUUGUUCCGGCCAAUUACAUAGAGGUUGCCCCUGUGGUGAAACAGUGCCGGGGUCUCUACGACUAUGAUAAGCAGACCGAGGAAGAACUCAGUUUCAAGGAGGGGGACAUUUUCAACAUCUACGAUUUGAAUGAUCCCGACUGGCUUCUUGUUGGAGAUGCUUCAAACAGCAACUUUGGCUUUAUUCCUGCCAACUACAUUGAGCAGACGGGUAAUGCUCUGGCCCAACCCCAAGCUCAGGCCGUUUCUGCCCCUGCUGCUGAUCCAACUCCAGCCAGGCAACAACUCCCAAUUUCGGCAUUUGCUCCACCUCCCGUGCAUAAGGAUAGAACACCAGUUCUGCUGGCUGAGCCAGAGGAGGUGAAACAGCCAGAGAGACCAGUGGAACAGAUACAACCCGUCGAUAGAGCCCCAGCUAGAGGCAGAGAACCAGAGGAAGACGAUGAAGACGACGAUGAGUUUGAAGAUGCCCUUCCCCCACCAAUGCCUACACGUCCUAGUGGAGGAGCUAGUGAACCUAGAAGAGAACGUCCACCCCUGGAGCCCACGACCCCUUCUCGCAGAGAGUAUGCGGUCGACCUGCCUCAAUCACCACCUAAAGAGCAUAACUUUGACGGUGAGUACUUCCGCUGGUACAUUGACGAAGUUGACGGCAGAAAGAAGCGUCCAGUUGUGGUGUCUGUGGGUAAUGGUUUGAUCAUUCUCAAGCCCAACACGCAGAACCCCAAGAAAUUGCGUCUUCGUUCGGCGCUGAGUCUUGACAACAAUUGGAGAAUUAGAGAUCUAGAGCUGUUUUCUCAUGAAAAGAAGCACGUCUUCUUGAAAUUUCAGAACCCAGAUGCCGAGAUCGAAUUGCACGCAGGCAGUAAGGAUGUUGCCGAGGCAAUCAUGGCUGUUUUGGGUGACUUGAAGGGUGCUGAGAACCAAAAGGGAUUGCGUGAAGUUGCCAGAGCGGCACUGACAAGAACUUCCUCAUCCAACAAGAAGGUCGGUGUGCUCAUGUAUGAUUUCGAAUCGCAGGGCAGCGACGAGUUGGCGUGUAGAGAGGGCGAUGAGGUGCACAUUUUGGAUGACACCAAGUCAAGAGAAUGGUGGAUGUGUGAACGUGUUUCAAAUGGCAAAAGGGGUGUUGUUCCCUCGAGCUAUAUCGAGAUUCUAGGCACCACAAACUUGGACAAAUUGACUGAUGGCCCCUCCAGACGCAAGUCCCAAAAGUCCUCCAGCAAGGGCCGCGUUGUGGACAAGAAACUGAGAUAUCAUAGCCGUGACGAGAGAGAUAAGAUCAGAGAGAGCGAUAGAGCACGCAGGGAUAAGAGAUCAAGUUCCGGAGGCGAUGAUAAAGAUAUGCCAAACUACCAUCGCGUUAGAACCUGGAUUGACAGCACUGGCUCGUUUAAGGUCGAAGCUGAGUUCUUGGGAUGCAUGGAAGGCAAAGUUCAUUUGCAUAAAACAAAUGGUGUGAAAAUCGCUGUGGCUGCCACCAAGUUAUCUAUUGAGGAUUUGGAAUACGUCGAGAAAAUCACCGGCACCUCGCUUCAGCACUACAAGGACGAGGUCGCUAAGCACAUGGCAAAGAGAAGCAAGGAUAGAGGAACUCACUCUUCCGGGGUCUCUCCUGCAAAGACCUCCUCUGUCGCUGCAAUCAAUGAUAUUGCUCCUCCUCAGCCAUCAAGACCUAAAGCAACUACUGGUACCUCGCUGGGCGAGCCAGAUUACGACUGGUUCGACUUCUUCCUCACUUGUGGGGUUGAUAUUGGUAACUGUCAGCGCUAUUCAAUCAACUUUGCGCGUGAGCAGAUGGACGAAUCCAUUCUUGAGGAUAUUACCCCAUCUUUGUUACGUUCUCUUGGUUUGAGAGAGGGUGAUAUCCUUAGGGUUAUGAAGCACUUGGACAAUAAGUAUGGAAGACAGAAGACAGGUGAUGCUCCAGCCUCAUCCGGUGGUCUUUUCACGGAAGCCACUGGUGCUUUGAAGAAUAACAGCUCAACUGAGAUUUCAAAGGUUGACGCUAGCGCUCUUCCAGCUCCAUCGCCUCAAAAAGAGAAGGAGGAUCCUAUCAGCAAUAAAGCUGGCAACAAGUUCGAAGACGACGCCUGGGCCGUCAAGCCAGCUGCUCGCUCGAACGAGGACUUCACUCAGACUCAGACUCCAUCGAAGCCUCAAUAUACUGGUUCUUUACAGGAUCUUGUCGACAUCAAGCCAUUGGAGGCCAACAAACCUCCUCAGACUCCUUCCAAGGAUACUCCACUGAGUUUACCAUCUGCUCCUGCUUUGACUCCGUCCAAGACCGCUGCUCUGUCGGCUCAGCCAGCCCAACAGAACCAGACUGCUCAAAACCAACCUACUGGCUUGGUCCCUCUACAAAAGACUGGUGGACAGGCCCCUCUUGUCCUUGUACGUACCGGUGGACCUUUUGUUCCAAUGCAAACCGGUGGCUACAUGACCGCUCAGCCAACGGGAUUCAUGCCAAUUACUGCCCAGCCAACUGGCUUCAUGCCUAUUCAGCCCACCGGUUUAGGCCAACAACAAACAUCUGGUAUGCUUCCUCUUCAAACCGGUCAAAUGCAGCAGCUUCGCCCAGCUCCACCACCACCAACUUCUUUUGGCCAGAUGCCAUUGCAGCCCACAAGCUCAUUUGUCCCCUUGCAACCCGGUAAUGUGACGAUGCCUCAAACCACCUUCGGACAGCAGCCGACUGGCCAGGGCCAACAGCCGCAGACGUCUUUCGGCCAACAGCCACAAACGACCUUUGGACAGCAGCCAACUGGAGGCUACGGUCAACAACCACCAACAACAUUCAGCCAGCAGCCUACUGGAGGAUACAAUCAGCAACCGCCCACUACAUUUGGCCAACAGCUAACUGGCGGCUUUGGCCAACAGCAAACCAACUUUGGUCAGCCUCAAACCUCAUUCGGUCAACAGCCACAGCCCUCGUUUGGUCAGCAGCCUCAGACGUCAUUUAGCCAGCAGCCAACAGGAGGCCAAUUAGGCAGUCAAACUACCGGUGGAUUAAACAAGUUCGUACCUCAAUCUUCGUUUGGCAGACAAAUCACUGGCGGUUUGAUGCCCCAAACUUCCUUUGGCAAUCAAGCCACAGGUGGUAUGCCCAACACCUCGUUUGGAGGUCAGGCGACUGGAGGCUUCCCCCAAACUUCCUUCAGCAACCAGCCCACGGGUGGGUUCCCUCAGACUUCAUUCGGCCAGCCUUCUGGAAUGCCACAAACACUGUUCGGCGCUCCUCAGCAGCAACAACAGCAGCAACAACCAUUUGGUCAAUUUGGCCAACCUCAACAGCCAGGUAUGGACCAGAUGACCAACAUGUUCCAAAACACAUCUAUUGGGGGUAACUUCCCACAACAACCACAACAGCAGCAACAGCCUCCGACAACGUUCGGUCAGAACUUUGGCCAGAAUCAAUUCGAAGGUUUUGGCGAUCAACCAUUGCAGUCGCAGCCUACGGGUCUCGGUUUCGGUAAUGCUCCAUUGCAGUCACAGCAGACCGGCAGAAGAGCCAACUUGCAGGCCGCCACUGCUGAUAAUCCUUUUGGCUUUUGA